GGAAACCGCUUCCGAGGUACCCUUGGUGGCAGUUGCUACCUUCAUGCACUCGCAGUUGCGAUCGUAAAGUCGUCGUCUCCACUGCGUAGUCUGGACUUUCCGUCGCCACUUUGGAACGUUUACACAUUGGCGGAUCAUCGAAGCGUCAUCCACCUGAAAUAUCUACUUUUGACGUACGGACCAGCUCCAAGACCACAAAAGCUUCUAUUCAAACAACUAUCCAGCACUGCGGACAGUCGAGACGUUUCUCUCGGAACUAAUCGUUGGAUCAACAAGAUUCCUCGUUUUGGCAAAUCGGCACCGCAAUCGAAACCUCAGCGGUCUCGUUAGAAGCGACUCGAUGGAAGACUCUUUGCGCCCUGGUUCCCAGGGCGAUGAACAUUAUGGUGAAGAUUCGUUGAGCCGCCAACGUCAGACAACACUUGUUGCCAUACUAUUGCUGGGUUUGCUUUUCUCGAGUAUCGACGCGUCUAUCAUCAGCACUUCUCUUGUGUCCAUAUCGGUGGACCUACAUGAUUUCCUAAACUCUCCAUGGGUUGCCCUAUCUUACUUGCUGGCAUACAUGGGCACGUUGCCACAGAAAUGGUUUGCCAUCUUAUUUGCCAAGCUUAGCGAUAUAUUUGGGCGAAAAGCUUUGCUUGCCGCAGCCUGGACACUGUUUGCAGGGUUCUCUCUUGCCUGCGGUUUAGCAUCGGAUAUGCGUUCUCUAAUCAUAUACCGUGCCUUUCAAGGCAUUGGUGGCUCCGGCCUCUAUAGCCUAGCCCAAAUUGGACUGUUUGAAGUCGGACCUUCAGACAAGCCAAGCCUUCUAGGAGCUCUCAUCGGGAUGACGCUUGCCAUUUCCUUUGUUCUAGGACCAAUAUUGGGCGGUAUAAUCACAAGGUUUGCAGGUUGGAGGUGGAUCUUUUACGUCAAUGUUCCCUUCGGUAUCACAGCUCUUGUCGGAAUAUUCUUUGCAUGGCCAAAAGGGACAUACGUAGCCCGAGGCGGCCUAUACGAAAUUCUACGCAAAGCUGACAUGGUCGGCAAUAUCCUGAUACUCUCGGCUUCGAGUUUUCUCAUCUACUCCUUGCAAGAAGCUAGCACUUUCAAUUAUGCUUGGCAUGAUCCGGUUAUUGUUUUAACUUUAUCACUUGCAGCUGUUAGCUGGGCAUUAUUUAUUAGCUGGGAGGUUUAUUUGGGAUAUUACCGAUACCAAUCUAUCCAGCCGGUUUUUCCAAUGCGAUUGGUGCUGCAACGACCUUUUGUUGCAGCGCUAAGUUGCUCUUUCUUCUCUGGGUUUGCAUACUUGGCGAUCAUUAUCAUUCUCCCUGAAAGAUUCCAGAUCGUCAAUGGCGACGAUUCGCUGAUGGCGGGGAUUCACCUUCUUCCACAACUCGGUGCCUGCGCCUUCGGAUCAUUUCUUGCAGGGGCUAUUUCGUCAAAACGAAAUAAUACAGCAAUUACGCUCAUUUUAGCCUCGUCUCUGCAGCUAAUAGGGGUCGGUCUUCUUUCGACACUUUCAAAUGUCCUAACUGCAAUCGAGGCCCAGUAUGGAUAUCAGACAAUUUUCGGUCUCGGUGUCGGACUGUCUUUCGCAUCUGCUACAAUUCUUAUUUCCGUUCGUUCGCAUCCUGAAGAUCUUGCAGUAGCACAGGGUGCUAUAGCGCAAGCCCGCGUUUUUGGUGGUGCUAUUGGUAUAGCUGUUUGUAUGAUCAUUGUCAAUACGCAGAUUCAGAGCGACCUCACUGAAACUAUUCCGCCUGAGGACCUACGUGCGCUUCAACAUAACCCUCUCGUUGUGCAAUAUUUUACGAUCGAAAACCAACAAAAAGUCAAAACGUCAUAUGCAACCGCAUUCACCGAUGAUAUCAAGGUCAUGAUUUGCAUCUCUGCAGCCGGGCUAAUCGCCAGUCUCUUUGCCUUUGAGCUUGACCCCCCUCCCAUGCCUAGCCAUACAAUGGCCAAAGAUACAUUAGGAGCAAGACUGGACCAAAGCGAGACAGAGCUGGACGAAAUAGCAAGGUACCCCUGA